UACAGAAAAAAUCACAAGAAACCCUGAAGCUUCAGGAAGAAGCAACCAAGUUCUCUUUGGAAUCCACUGCACGUCAAGAAGGAAUAUCUUCUCCUUCUAGUGCCAUAGGGGUUCACAAGAUGGCCAACCCCAAACCAUCGUCAAGUUCAAGCAAGCCCAGCGGUACGGUCCUGGACAGCACCUCGUACAGGAUUCCUAGUUCGAACAGUAGCCCUCCUAAGAGCGUUCCUUCCAAAUAUGAACUGGAGAUCGCGAGCCCGAAAAAAUCCGUUAGCUUUUCUGGAAAAGAGCAGGUGGAGAGCAUCAUGGAAGAAUACGCCCAGCAAGUGAGAGAUUUGCAGAAGAAGCUAAGCGAAAACACAGAACAACACGAGCAACAGAAAUUCGCUUUACGGCAAUCAAUUAUUGAGCUGCAGAACAGCCUAGAAAAUGCAAUGAGAGAGAAGAGCCUGAUCAACAGACGGAAGGAAUCUUACUCGCAAGAAGGCCACAACAGCAGGCUAAGGGCCACGGUGGAGGAGCUGCAGACGGCCAGCCUGCUCCAGGAGGAGAUGCUGAAGGAAUCCAGUAGCCAGAUCGACUAUCUGAAAAAGUUGGUCCAGGGCCAUGACGAUGUGUUCGAACAGCUCCGCAGUCUUCUCCUGCACUACGAAGGUGGUCCGGACCAGAACACGUAUGGAUACGAAACCGUUGCGAAUGUCCGGGUUUCCUACUUGCCCACUGCUUUCGCCAGGAUUCUCCAGGACUUCGAAACGGAGGUGUUUGCGCUUGAAAAGCAACUGGAAGAGCAAAUAGAUAUGUUGCAAAGAGAAUCGCAGUCGAAAACCGAUUUGCUUCAGCAACAUCAGGACAGUGUCGAGAGGCUGAUCGGGGAACAUGAGCAGGAUCUGGAAGUACUGAGGGAGGCAGCGAAGGCUUCCCACAGCCAUGCCAACAAUAUUCAAAGCCAGAUGGAAAUCAUUCAAGAACAAGCCAAAAAUCAGAAAUCUUUGUAUACGCGCCAAAUCAGUCAGCUGGAAGGCACCAUUUCUCAACUGCGCUCUGAGCUACGGGAAGCCAUGAGGAUGUCCCAGGAUAAGGUGAGCUUGAGAAUAGAAGAUCUGGAGAAGCAGCUGCACCUGGUUCACUCUGAGAUGACUGAAGCUCAGAUUGAAAGGGAUCAAUACAGCCAAGAGACUGGAAACUUAGAUGAUGAGGUUCAGCAAUUGUUGGCUGAUCUCCACAAGAAGGACGUAGAACUGAAUCUGGAGAAGGAGCAGAACAAGAGGCUCUGGGAUCGAGACACCGGCAGCAGCAUCACCAUCGACAACCUGCGGAGGGAGCUGGACAACAAGAACAUGGAGCUGCAGCGCCUGGACUCCGUCGUCAGGUCCUUGCAGAUGGAGUGUGAAGGACAAGUUCCGCGUCAGAUGUCCGCAAUUAAAGAGAGGAACGACAGCCUAGAGAGGGAAUCUUGCAUCUUGGCCCAGCUGAAUUCAACCAAGGAAAAGCUCCAUAAAGCUUCCCAAGAGCUGGGCGAACGGAAAUUGAGCCUGGAUUCUGCAGAGAGAGUCAUCGCCGAACUCAGGUGUUCUCAACUGGAGAAGGAAAGAGUUAUCGAGCGCACCAACAGCGAGAUUGAGAAGCUGCGGGGACGCGUGGACAGCAAGCGGCAGGAGUUCCAGCAGCAAAACGAGAGCGAGCUGUUGCGGGGAGUGCAGUCCGAGUGCGAGUCCCUAAAGGUGCAGCUGGGGAAGGAGAAGGUGAUCGAGAUCCUCCAGAAGCAGAUCGAGGGCAUGACUGAGAUCGUAAGCCAACAUGGCCGGACGGCGGGCGCCAUGGAGACAGAGAAGUCUCAACUCGUAAAAGAAGUCGACGAGAAGAAGGUCGAACUCCAGGAACUGAAGGUUUCACAAGACAAAAAGGAUAGCCGGAUCCGUGAGUUGGAGGCCAGCCUGAGCGACAUGGAAUUAGAAAAGGUGAAACUGAUGAACGUGUGCUCGGAAAGGCUGCGGGUACUGAAAGAGAUGAAACUAGAGCGAGAAGAACUUGUGAAUGAAAUCACCAACCGCAUUGAGCUCAGUGCUCUCGCAGAGGAAGCAGAAAUCAUCAAGAAUGAUUACCGAGAAGAACGAAGACAUGGAAACCAUUGUGAACAAGCUGAAGAGCAGCUGAAAACUGCUCAGAUUGAACUGGAGCAAACCAGGGCCACUCUCAAGACCAUGGAGGGCUCGGAUGGCCAUGCCAUGAAAGUCGCGAUGGGGAUCAAGCAAAUCACAGCCAAACGAGGCCAGAUCGAUGCCUUGCAGAGCAAGAUUAAGUUCUUGGAGGAAGCCAUGACGAAUGCAACUAAGGUCCAACUUGCUGAAUUAUUCAACUGCGAUAAAAGUAGCCCAGUCCCAAUCCUCAGGCCAAACGUUGAAAGAUUGUUAUGGGUGCAAAUCUGCCUACAACAACUGGAAACCGACUUAAAUGUGACUGAUAAUACUGGACGCUCUCUGCAGUUUGCGGAGUGUCAGUGCAUCAUUCAGCGGCAGGAACAAGAAGUUAUGCGCUACAAGCUUCAGCACACAUUAGACGUGAAAGAGUUGCAGGGACCAGGAUACACUGUGGGUUCCGCCUCACUGAAGCAGCGCUAUUCAUCCUUGCCUCACUCAUCCAGCGCACCGUCGUGUCAAACGUUCGCAGGCCACAUCUCUCAUAUGCCGUCCAAGCUUAAAUACGCCAAGGAGGAUCCGCUGCGCGAUUUAAAACAACUCCUUCAAGAGCUGCGAAGUACCAUCGAUGAAAUACCUUCUGCCAUUCUCCCCACAGAAAGUGACAGCGACCCUGACUUGAGCACUACGCUGUAAGGAUACGCAAAAUAUUGGUAACUUCUGUGUUUAGGAUUCUCAUUUUGGAAAUGAAUGGUCUAUAGGCA